AUGCCGAACAACCCAUAUAAGCAUAAGCCUUCUCAGAAUGGCAAUGUGUUGUUUGCCAAAUUACCAGUAGAGAUCCGCUGCGAGAUAUGGCGUAUGCUCCUGGUGAAGCGCAAAGGGCCAGUUAUACCAGUGCAUAUUCCUCAUGACAGUACUAUGGAGACCUUCUUUUCUUUGGAAAAGGGUCAAAAUAGAACUUUUGCUCUUGAAGCUCUCCUGAAGACUUGCCGACUGUUUUAUCAGGACCAAGAGGAUCAUAUGGUCUUUUACAAGUUCAACGAGUUCCAGUUUCCCAGAAGCCGUGAUUGCCUCGCUUAUGUUACUGCCAUCACCCAGUCUCGAUCCAGGGCUAUUAGAAGCAUCACCAUCGCACUGGAUUCUGACCAGCUCCUUAACCAGCUGGGCAAUCAUACUAUCCGACACCUUGAGGCCCAUUGUGGCCUCUCUACCAAUGCUUAA